CGGGAAGUGGUGUCGCUCCGAUAAAGGCAGCGCCACGCCCAUUCGCAGCAGGCGCACGUCGCACACGUCCGACGCGCCUGCCAGAUACUGCGAACAGCUUAGCUACCACUUCCGCACCAGAGCAAGAGUCGACGACACUCCGAUCGGUAAAGGUGCGUCCACAGUACCGUCCGAGCUUGAGACGUCCAUCCGUAGGCGGUAAGCCAAGCAACAGCGGGCCGCAGCAAACGUCCAGAGAGCAGCCAGACACCACGACCGAACGCACUAAGAGCACGCGACGCUCUGAAGUGCCCUCUGCCAGCGUCGAGCAGGCGACCUCCGAUCAGCAGCCGACAACAGCGACGACGCCGGCCCCGUCACUGCUGGUGCGCCGUCGCCGUCCCACCACCGCCUCGAGCUAUCUGGCCAAAAUAGCGAACCGACAGCGACCGGGCAGCAGUGUGAUGUCAUCGACGGAGGAAACUACCACCAUCGCCACCAAGUCCGAGGUGUCGCAAAGCCGUGUCGGCCGUCCGAACCUCACCAGCAACGGCAGCAUACGGCGCAAAUAUGGACCCGCUAAUAGAACCGGUUACACCGGCAGCAGCACCACGGCGGCGGGCAGCGAGAGCACCACCGCGAUCCCCAACGCCAGCAGCGAGACAAGCCCCGGUGCAGCUGAAGUAUCCACUCGACCGGUAAACUCAUUGUUUAAACGGCGAAACAAUGGUUCGCCGCUGACGCGCACUACAACACCAACGCCCCUAGAGUCAAUCCCAACGUCCACCGGCGCGCCAGUGAGCAGUAAGUUCUUUAAGAAAAACAAAUAUCGCAACGGUGCGCUCGGUACCGGGCCGGGCUCAGAACGGAACGUUAACGAGCAGCAGGUUAAUGUACCAGUCCCCCAGUCGCUGGAUGUGUCCGGUGUUGAUCAAAACAUCGAACCCAGCAUACGGCAGAACAGCAAGCUGUACAAUGCAAAGAAUCGCUAUCAGCAGAUAGGCGAACACGACGACGGUGAACCGAUCGAGCAGGAACUGCUCGACGCACUUACCACACUGUCGCGUGCACCGCUGCCAAUCGUCAGCACCACCACCGUCCGCAAUGGGUACGAAGGUGUGGUGGAUAAGGAGUGGGUCCGGCAGCAGCAGAAGCAGACCCAGUAUGCAGCGGAAGUGAACGGACGGGCGACGACGCACAAAUAUAACGUUACGCACGAUUAUCCUAACACGCUCGGGUACAGCGCACCAAUACAUGCGACGUCAACGCACAAACUGCAGACACCCAUACAGCGACCCCGUAUUGCGACGCACUCCGAGUAUUACUACCAGCAAACAACACCCGGACUGAUCUAUACCUCGCCGAUCGCAACGGCUACGAUCAGUCCACGGCAGGACACCACCGUACUGUCACAGUUCCCCCGAAACCAUCAACCAUCCCCGUACGAAAGGCAAACUAGCAGCGGCAGAAGGAAGCAGAAGGAUGAUGUUACCGGCCGCACCUAUCGUCCUGCUCCAAUCGAUUACGACUACUACGAUGAUGGAGAUACGCGCAAGGUGGGAAAAUCCAGCUCGCAGGUUAAAGUGAUCAUGCACGGACCGGGCAUUAUCGAGUGUCUCGAUCAGGGCAACUUUCCACAUCCGCUGUCAUGCAAAAAGUUCAUCUCUUGUGCCAAAAUGGAGAUCGGUGGCGUUAUCGGUUGGGAGUAUACGUGCCCGAAGGGUCUCAGUUACGACCCGGUCGGUGGCAUCUGCAACUGGUCCGCCGGGUUGGGUUGCAACGAGUGAAGCAGCACAGCGGUGGGUCAAACACCCAACCAACAACCGCACCUACUCAAUACUGUUAAGCCGUGUAAAUCCGUCCUUGCGUGUUGUGGUUAGUGAAACGAAGCGAACCAAUAUUAAGACUGGUGUCUGCUCUCUUCCUUUUUGGGCUAGCAUUUUAUAACAUCGUUAAUUGUGCAGCUACAUACCUCCCGUAGCGGUUGGCAGGAGCAAAUGCUUCCUAUUAGACCAGCAGUAGUCCAGCCUGCGACCUGGGGGGUUGAGCCAAAGCCGAACGAUCAGACUAUAGAAUUUAGGUAAUAUUCCAAUCUCUGGAGGGCACACUUCCGUUGCGAGUUAGCGUUAAGCCUUUAUUUUUUGUUUAGUUUAUUCCCCUAGUUGUGUGAAAUAUUGGGCGUCUACCUACUUUUUAAAACGAUAUGACAACUUUUUCUUUGUGAUAAAGUCUAAAUAGAUUUCUCGAACAAAACCGAAAAAAUAGGACACAAAAGCAUAUAGUUUGCGGACGUUCGCUUAGCUGCCCAGUACCCAAUGUUUAUACGAACUUUAAUUCAAUUUUUAUCACAACCUUACCAGCAUCGUUAUGUUUAAGGCACUAUUUAAAUUUGAACAUUAUUCAAAUCCAAUAUCCUGCUACUGUUUUGCUGCGUAAUGUUUCUUUCAUUUUGGGUUUUUUUGUUUAUGAGUCAGUCUCACUAUUU